AUGUCUACUAUGACCCCUACUGCCUUGAGACAGGCAUCCCGGGCUUACGCCCGUCGGCUUUUGUCGACUCCGCAUGGCUCUCUGACGGCGUCCCUGCCCCGGCGGGUGGUCGCCACCAGCGCUGCUAUCCCCAGACGCUCAUACGUCUCCGAAACCAAGGCUGGAAAUGCCCAGGUUACGGUGGACACGGCCAUCAAGCAGGACCAGAAGGCUUUUGUGAACCAGACUGGACUUAAUGCGCAGAAGGUUAACCUUCCUGGCUCGGGCAUCUCCGGCGAUGCGUCCAUGAGCCCUACCGCCGGCAUUCUGAAGCAGGCCACUGUUAUGGACCAAGGCACCCGCCCUGUCUACCUCGACAUGCAGGCAACGACCCCGACGGAUCCCCGUGUCCUUGACGCCAUGCUUCCCUACCUUACCGGCAUUUACGGAAACCCCCAUUCCAGAACCCACGCCUACGGCUGGGAGUCCGAGAAAGCCGUCGAACAAGCCAGAGAACACGUCGCCAAACUUAUCGGCGCCGACCCCAAGGAAAUCAUCUUCACCAGCGGCGCUACUGAGAGUAACAACAUGAGCAUCAAGGGUGUCGCCAGAUUCUUCGGUCGCUCCGGCAAGAAGAAGCACAUCAUCACCACCCAGACUGAGCACAAGUGUGUUUUGGACAGCUGCAGGCACUUGCAGGACGAGGGAUUCGAUGUGACAUACCUGCCCGUGCAGAGCAAUGGAUUGAUCCGGAUGGAAGAGUUGGAGGCGGCCAUCCGUCCCGACACUGCCCUUGUCAGUAUCAUGGCUGUCAACAAUGAGAUUGGUGUCAUUCAGCCCAUGGAGGAGAUCGGAAAGCUUUGCCGCUCGAAGAAAAUCUUCUUCCACACCGACGGUGCCCAGGCUGUGGGCAAGAUUCCCCUGGAUGUCAACAAGCUGAACAUUGAUUUGAUGUCGAUUUCCAGCCACAAGAUCUAUGGCCCUAAGGGUAUGGGUGCAUGCUAUGUCCGCCGUAGGCCCAGAGUUCGUCUCGAGCCUAUCAUUUCCGGAGGUGGACAGGAGAGAGGUCUCCGCAGUGGCACCAUUGCCCCCCACCUUGUAGUCGGAUUUGGUGAGGCUUGCCGUAUUGCAUAUGAAGAUAUGGAGUAUGACUCCAAGCACAUCGCAAGGCUCUCGAAGCGCCUGAGCGACGGCCUCUUGGCCAUGGAACACACCACGCUCAACGGUGAUCCUGACCGCCACUACCCCGGUUGUGUCAACAUCUCCUUUGCCUACAUUGAAGGCGAGUCGCUUCUGAUGGCUCUGAAGGACAUUGCCCUUUCAUCCGGCAGUGCCUGCACGUCCGCCUCCUUGGAACCCAGCUACGUCCUGCGGGCCCUGGGCAGCAGCGACGAGAGCGCCCACAGCAGUAUCCGGUUCGGUAUUGGCCGGUUCACGACCGACAGUGAGAUUGACUACGUGCUCAAGGCGGUGCAAGACCGCGUCCACUUCCUGCGGGAGCUGAGCCCGCUGUGGGAGAUGGUCCAGGAGGGUAUCGAUUUGAACUCGAUUGAAUGGAGCCAGCACUAAAACUUUCUCUUUCUGUGUUAAAGACUGACUGCGAGGGCGGUUAUAUGGUCGUAUACCAGGCGCAUACUUGUUGUUUCUUUUCCAGAUAUCAGCGGUGGGAUGGCGUUCAUAUAGUGUGUAACAUUAUAGGAUUGAUGACGAUCUGUCCAGUCUGUACGAAAAAAAUGGAUAUUAAUGACCAAUCAAUUGAUCGACCU